CACCACCCUCCGACCACCCCGGUCGAAAGUCCCAAAAUUCCAUGACGGAGCUUACCGCGAGAGGAGCUUUCGACAGCUUCAUCCGUCCUUACACUGAACAACUAAGCCCACCAUCUACGUCUAAAAGCCCAGUCGGAUAGCCCGCGAUCUCCGCCAACGGACUGAACCGCUUCGUCAACAAUAUCUCCCGCUGAAUAAACCCCCCGUUUUCCGCUUCCCAAACCAUGGCUCAAGCUCUGGGCUUUGCGUACCGUAUGGCCGUCCCCGCGGCCAUCGGUGUCGCGGUGCUGCAGUCGUCGAUCUACGAUGUCAAGGGUGGAUCCAGGGCCGUCAUUUUCGACAGGCUGUCUGGUGUCAAGGAGACUGUCAUCAACGAGGGUACGCACUUCCUCGUACCGUGGCUGCAGAGGAGCAUCGUUUUCGACGUGCGGACGAAGCCCAGAAACAUCGCCACGACGACGGGUAGCAAGGAUCUUCAAAUGGUCAGCUUGACCCUCCGUGUGCUGCACCGUCCUGAAGUUCAGGCUCUUCCCAAGAUCUACCAGAACCUUGGCCAAGACUACGACGAGAGAGUCCUCCCCUCCAUCGGCAACGAAGUUCUCAAGUCCAUCGUCGCGCAGUUCGACGCCGCCGAGCUCAUCACUCAGCGUGAGGCCGUCUCGCAGCGCAUCAGCUCCGACCUGCGCAAGCGCGCCGCCGAGUUCAACAUCGCCCUCGAGGACGUCUCCAUCACGCACAUGACUUUCGGCAAGGAGUUUACCAAGGCCGUCGAGCAGAAGCAGAUCGCUCAGCAGGACGCCGAGCGCGCGCGGUUCAUCGUCGAGAAGGCUGAGCAGGAACGCCAGGCCAACGUCAUCCGCGCCGAGGGCGAGGCCGAGAGUGCCGAGACUAUUAGCAAGGCCAUCGCCAAGAACGGCGACGGUCUUGUCCAGAUCAGAAAGAUCGAGGCCAGCAGGGACAUCGCCGCGACGCUGGCGGCGAAUCCCAACGUCGUUUACCUGCCCAGUGGCGGCAAGAGCGGCAGCCAGAUGCUGCUGAACGUCGGACGUUGAGUGGGUUGCGAAGUGGCUGGAUGAGAGAAGAAAAGGCGAUGCUGUAUUAUAGACUUUGAAGGCAAGUCACCGCUUCAAUAAAUGUAAUCAUAGGGCAAUGAAUCCUGCCUCCUUUCCACGAA